GUUUGAGGAGGGUCUGAGGCGGCGGCGGCGGCGCGGUGCGUGGGGAGCGGUCCGGUGCGUGGGGAGCGGUCCGGAAUCAGCUUGGCAGAGAACCAUCUGCAGAAUGGCCACACGCCUCAGAUCGGCUGGUAAGAAGUGCACAGUGAUUGGUGGGUCAGGAUUCUUAGGCCAGCACAUGGUGGAGAAGCUCCUGGAGAAGGGCUACGAGGUCAACGUGUUUGACAUUCAGAAGAGAUUUGACAAUGACAGAGUGAAGUUCUUCCUGGGAGACCUUUGUGACAAAGAGGCUUUGCUCCCAGCUUUACAAGGUGUGUCAGUGGCUUUUCACUGCGCGUCACCAGCACCUUCCAGUGACAACAAGGACCUGUUCUAUAAGGUGAAUUUCAUGGGAACCAAAGCAGUCAUUGAGGCCUGCAAAGAAGCUGGAGUUCAGAAGCUGGUGUUAACUAGCAGUGCCAGCGUGGUUUUUGAGGGCACAGACAUAAAAAAUGGCUCUGAAGACCUCCCUUAUGCCAAAAAGCCUAUUGACUACUACACAGAGACCAAGAUCCUACAGGAGAAGGAAGUGCUCAGUGCAAAUGACCCAGCCAAGAAUUUCUUCACUACUGCUAUUCGUCCCCAUGGAAUAUUUGGACCUAGAGACCCUCAGCUGGUUCCCAUCCUCAUCCAGGCAGCUAAGAGUGGCAAAAUGAAGUUCAUCAUUGGGGAUGGGAAGAACUUGGUAGACUUCACCUAUGUGGAAAAUGUGGUCCAUGGACACAUCCUGGCUGCAGAAAACCUUCAGAAGGGCUCUCCCCUGUGCGGGAAGGCUUUUCACAUCACAAACGAUGAGCCGGUCCCCUUCUGGACUUUCAUGUCCCGCAUCUUGACUGGCUUGAACUACGACCCUCCCAAGUACCACAUUCCCUACUGGCUGGCCUAUUACCUGGCCCUCUUCCUCUCUCUGCUGCUGUGGUUGCUCAAGCCACUGGUCACCAUCAAGGCCACUUUCACCCCGAUGAGGGUGGCCUUAGCUGGAACUUUUCACUACUAUAGCUGUGAACGAGCCAAAAGGGACAUGGGCUACAAACCAGUAGUGAGCUUGGAUGAAGCAAUAGAGAGGACUGUGCAGAGCUACCCCCAGCUACGCAGGGCUAAGGCCUGACAAGUCCUCCAUGGAUUCUUUUCUACUUGAUUUUUGUAAUUCCUUUGACAUCUCCUGUGAAAACUGCAGCAAAUGUCACUGAUUCUCUGGCAAAGGGAGUUCUCCUCAAGCCCUUCCUCCUCCUCCCUAUUAUCAAGAUGAUUUUAUCUGGGCUAAUCCCCCCACCUCACGUUGUGGCUGUGCUGACAGUUCUGUCCUUUGAUGUGACUUCUUGGUUUGAAGCAGCUUCUGAACCCUGUGGACUGUGACCAAACACCCUGCCGUGCCCUCUUCAGUCCUCAGCAUUCCUUCACCUUCUCUCCCCACCCUCCUCUGUUUUGUUGCUCUGGUGAUAACAGCCACCUCCUCCAAGAGCUGCAGACUGGGGAAUGAAACACUUCUUGGGACUGGUUCCUCUCUGUGGUUUGGCAUUUUUUGCUAGGCAAGAGGCUCGUGCCAAAAAAAAAAUCAUGGAGCUCUGCCACCAUCUCUUCAGUCACUGAAGAGAGUUUUGUUAUUCCCUCCAGGAUUCUUUGGCUUCUUGCUGCAGCAUCAGAAGGAAACCUGAGAAGAGGCUUCUCUCUGCAAGGGAAGCAUGGGCCUUUGUUUCUGCAGGAGCCUGUUUCUGAUCAAAAGCAACCCAAAUAAAUCAUGAAGAGAUGACUUCCUACCACUGUGGUCCAUCUGUGAGAGGGCAGAGCCCAUUCUGAGCAUCUCAGCAUGAACAGGACUUUAAUCAUUCCUUCUGGGAGGGAGAAACUCUUACUGUGGUCAGUCACCACUUCUUAUUUCACCAUGGCUGUCUUCCCCACAAGAGCUGCAUGGGUUGGAAGAUGCUCCUUUGCUAAGCUCUGAUCUUCUCUGACAUCUUAUUGCUGGGAAUGGUGAUCUUUUUUUUUUGCUUUGACCACUUAGUACAUGAAGAAACGUUUUUUUCCCCCCAAGAAAAGGGUUAGCAAAUUCUCCAAGCUGCUUAGUUUGACAUUUAGAUUAAGUGCCUUUUGCCCUGUAAUUUAUUUUAAGUGCUCCAGUUCUGAUUUGGUUUUAAAUGAAGGGUUUAGAGUAGAGUUGGAGCUUCCCUCUCUGCCACUUCCUGGCUCCCCAGGAGUUUUGGUGUUUCCAGUUGCAGAAUUGCCUCCCUCAAGGAGCUUUAACUUCUUCUAGUUGCUCCAUGUGCUGCAGGAGUCCUGGAGAAAUGAGGUUUGGAGAGUUUUAUGUUGAACUUUUGUCCUGGUUUGAGCUAAACCAGAACCAGUUCUCUGCAUUUAGCUCAGCCUCAACCCCUGGCAGCUGCUUUUUCUGGCAGUUGUUAUUUGCUGCUUCAACAGUUGGCUGGGUUUGCCUUGCUUGAUCUUGCAGUAACUACUGGGCAGUUGCUUGGACAGUUCUGGUUUGCACUGGUCAGUCACCUUGGCUUUCUAUUCCCCCCUCCCCCCCAGUUUGUAGAGUUAAAUAUUUAAAGUUUCAAUUCCAGAGUUCAAUUCUUCAGAGACUUAUUCAAAACAAGCCCUGUGGUUCCUUAGGGUUUCUUCUGUCAGCUUCCAGCCCAUCUUGAUGGUAGUCAGAGGCUGCUCUCUAAGAUCUGAGCUGUGUCAUAGAUUCAUGGAAUGGUUUGGAUUGGAAGGCACCUUCAGCAUCAUCUAGCCCCAACCUCCCUGCCAUGGGCAGGGACAGCUUCCACUAGAUCAGGUUGCUCAAGGCCUUGUCCAGCCUGGCCUUGGACACUGCCAGGAUGGGGCCAUCCACGACCUUGUGAGGCAAGCUGUUCCAGUGUCUCAUCACCCUGGUCCCUGAGACACUGGCACAAACUUGGUGUUGAUGGGGAGACCUUUUCUUGGCUCCCUGUGUCUGUAAAUGGGUGCCAGUGCCCCACUGAGAGCAAAAUAAAUGAGUUGUGACCUGAAAAGAA